AUGGAAGAAAAAGACAGUGUCAUAGGAGGGAAAGACGGCAUCGAAGAAGAAGAUGGCGUCGUUUUAGAAGCUUCAGUUCAUGCUUUCUUUCAUUCCUUCAGACUACAGAGAGAAUUUCAGAAAAGAAAAGAAAUGAAUGUGAUGGACCUAGAUGACAGGUCCGACGCGGUGGCAGCGUUUGUCUCGCUUGCGAGAGACAACGAUUGGUAUGGGAAGUUGGUAAUUGAAGAAGGUGGAGACAAUCCGUUGCUGAAAUUGGUGAAAGAAGGGAAACCAAAAGUGACAAGACUGAGGGCUAUUAGGCAAAGCUUUAUCGAUCAAAAUCGUAGGCUUAGGAACUGGAGGUGUGGAGAUCCAUGUGUAUCAAAUUGGACUGGAGUCCUGUGCUUCAGCAAAACCCUAGACAAUGGUUAUCUUCAUAUUCGAGAACUGCAACUACUGAAUCUCAAACUUUCUGGAACUUUAUCUCCAGAAAUAAGGCGAUUAUCUUAUAUGCAAAUAUUGCUUUUAAAUGGAAACAAUCUAACAGGCUCCUUGCCAGAAGAGAUUGGGAAUCUCCCCAAUUUGAACCGCAUACAAAUCGACCAAAACAACAUAUCUGGACCAAUACCUGUCUCAUUUUCAAAACUGAACAACACAAAGCACUUAAGUUUUAGGAAUUGCAACUUGCAAGGAUCAAUCCCUGAUCUUAGCAGGACACCACAUCUUACUUAUAUGCUUGUUUUUGACCACGAAAGGGAGGAUCUUUUCGGAUGCCAUGAUGCCCAUAUUCGUUGUAUCGAGUACUCUUAUGCAACUGAUUUAUUCAGAUAUGCAUUCAAGUGUCAUAGGAAAUCAGAAGCUGGAAGAGACAUUGUUUACCCUGUAAAUGCCAUUGCAUUUCACCCUGUCUGCCACCCUUAUCCCUCCAUAUCUCCAUCCGCCGCCCUGACCUUGUCACUGCCUUGCAUCAUCGAGCAACCGCUGCUGUUCCUACUGUCGGCGAAGACGAGAGUCGUGAGCGCAACGUCGUGUCAAUCGGGUAGAUUGAAAGAACGAAGCUCUUGGAUGUUGCUACUGUCGUUCUUGGUUAAGGGUUGCAUAACCAUUCUCUUCUCCGAUCCUUCUGUUGUUCAUUUGCGUCGCCGCCGCUCCAAGCGAGUGUCCCAUGUGCCAACAUUUUUCCGACUGUCGAUGCCACCGUGA